AUGAUUAAGCUAGUAUCUUGGAUUAUCAUCUUAACAUCAGCCAUUUGUUUCAUUUAUACUUUCAAACAAAUCAUUUAUCAUCACCCUCAAUGUCCAAACACUUUGAUCACAAACAUUUCUUCCCUUCAAGCCUUUGACAAUUCUCUAUCUUUCCCUAAUUACUCCUCCUUACAUCGAAAUCCUCCUCCUCCAAGAAAUGAAGAAAAUAAUCGAAAUGCGAGAAAAGGUCUUAUAUUACCGUCUACAGGAAGGAUUAAUUCGAGAAAUGAAGAACCGACAGAAUUGAAACACAUAGUGUUUGGGAUUGCGGCUUCAUCCUUGUUAUGGGAAACAAGAAAAGAAUACAUAAAGCAAUGGUGGGAACCAGGCAAAACAAGAGGGGUAGUUUGGUUAGACCAAGAAGUAAAGACUAAUAAAACUGAAAAAUUACCUGAAAUUCAUAUGUCAGAAGAUACCACAAAAUUAAGGUACACAAACAGAAUGGGAAGUAGAUCUGCAUUAAGGAUUACAAGGGUAGUUUCUGAGACACUUAAACUAGGAAUGAAAGAUGUAAGAUGGUUUGUAAUGGGAGAUGAUGAUACAGUUUUUGUAGUAGAAAAUGUUGUAAGGAUACUAAAUAAGUAUGAUCAUAAACAAUACUAUUACAUAGGAAGUAACUCAGAAAGUCAUGUUCAGAAUAUCAUAUUUUCUUAUGCUAUGGCUUAUGGGGGUGGUGGUUUUGCUAUAAGUUAUCCAUUGGCUAAGGAAUUGGCUUCGAUGCAAGAUCGAUGUCUUCAACGACAUCCUGCUUUGUAUGGUAGUGAUGAUAGGAUUCAAGCUUGUAUGGCUGAGUUGGGUGUUCCUCUUACUAAAGAAAUUGGGUUUCAUCAGUAUGAUGUAUUUGGAGAUCUACUGGGGUUACUGGCAGCACAUCCGGUGACACCAUUAGUCUCGAUCCACCACCUCGAUAUAGUGGAGCCGAUAUUUCCAGGGAUGACACGGCCCCAAUCGCUCCAUCAACUGUUUGAGUCCGUCAAAUUGGAUUCAGCUAGUAUAAUGCAGCAAUGCAUUUGCUAUGACAAGAAAAAAUACUGGUCUAUCAGUGUUUCUUGGGGCUAUGUGGUUCAAAUCAUUAGAGGUGUAAUUUCUCCAAGAGAACUCGAGAUGCCUACUCGAACCUUCUUGAAUUGGUACAAGAGAGCCGAUUAUACAGGGUAUUCUUUCAAUACUCGUCCUGUAACCAGACACCCUUGUCAAGCUCCCUUCAUUUACUAUAUGAGCAAAGUUAGAUAUGAUCGCAGUAGCAAGCAAACCAUUGGGAUUUACCGCCCUCACGAAAGGUCUAAGCACCCUAACUGCAAAUGGAAGAUGGAGAAUCCCGAAAAGAUUGACUCGGUUGUGGUACUUAAGAAACCGGAUCCCCUUCGCUGGCAAAAGUCGCCUAGGAGGGAUUGCUGUAGAGUGGUGCAUUCAAAGAAGCGCUCAAUAUUAUAUGUAGUUGUGGGAAAUUGUCGGAUUGGUGAAGUCAUUGAACUAAAGUAG